AUGCAAUUUCCUUUCCUGCUUCUCUCCGGCCUCGUAGGGGCCGCAAAUUUGAAUCCAAAUCCAUCUCUCAACCUGCUCGAUGAUGGACAAAAGGGACCCCUUCUUGGGACCUUUUUUGGCACUCCAGGAGCUAACGCAACAUACGACUAUGUCAUCGUUGGGGGCGGGACCGCAGGCUUGACCAUCGCCAGCAGACUGGCUCAAAACGGAUCUCUGAGCGUCGCAGUGGUAGAAGCUGGCGGCUUCUAUGAAAUCGACAAUGGGAACAAAUCAGUGGUUCCUGGAUACGCACCCUUCUACGCUGGAACUGAUCCGAAUGACUAUCAACCGCUGGUAGAUUGGGGCUUUGUUACAACCCCCCAACCGGGGCCAGGUGGUCGGGUCAUGCACUACCCUCGUGGAAAGACGCUUGGAGGCAGCUCUGCCAGAAACUUCAUGGUCUAUCAUCGGCCCACGGCAGGUAGUCUGCAGAGAUGGGCGGAUGAGGUGGGAGACGAGAGCUAUACGUUCAACAGGAUGCUUCCGUACUUUCAGAAAUCGUGCCAUUACACACCCCCGGACCCAGGUCUAUACGUCAACACGACCAACACAGAGGCCGCAAAUGCGUUUGACCCGUCUGGAGGCCCUUUAGAGGUUUCCUUCAGUAAUGCCGUCGAUAGUUUCGGUACGUGGGCUCCAGGGGUUUUCUCUGCCGUGGGCAUGGAACAGAUCGAUGGUCUGAAUAGCGGCAAGCUUCUCGGUGCCGCAUGGGCAACCUCUACCAUCAAGCCAAUGAAUGCCCACCGUUCCUCGUCCGAGUCAAGUUUUCUCCAGGAGGCGUUCAAAAACGGCGUUGCGCCGACGGUAUACAUCAAUGCCAUGGCACAGAGAAUCCUAUUUGACUCCGACAAGACCGCUACUGGAGUCCAGGUAUCAACGGCAGGGUCGUUCGGCACGAAUGCAGUCAACUUCACCCUCAACGCUCGGAAGGAGAUCAUAUUGUCUGCAGGGGCCCUGCAGUCACCCCAGCUACUUAUGGUCUCUGGCAUCGGGGCAUGCAAGGAACUCGCCAAAUUCGGCAUCGAUUGCAUCAACGACCUCCCCGGCGUUGGUCAGAACUUGCAGGACCACAGCUACUUUGGCACGUCUCAUCGUGUGAACGUCCCGACGGCAUCUGCGGUGGCCAAUAAUCAGACCUUGGCCGCCAUGGCCGUAGACUUGUAUCUCCAGAAUGCCACGGGCCCGCUGUCCAUCUUCGGCGCAGGAUAUUACGGCUGGGAGAAACUACCGGAGCCAUACCGCUCCCAGCUCUCCAACGAUGCUCUCCAGGCCCUAUCCGAUGUCCCGAGCGACUGGCCAGAGGUGGAAUGGCUAACUGUCAACGCGUACUUCGGAGAUGGCGCCAACCUGAUCACAGGCGAUCCGCUCGACGGACACAACUACGCCACCCUCAACACUGCGAUCGUUGCACCCUUUUCUCGAGGCACUGUCACGCUGGCAGACGCAAGCAUGAACACUCCGCCCGUCAUAGACCCGCAGUGGCUGGUUGAUUCCACGGAUAUGGAGGUGGCCAUUCAGGCCUUCAAGCGUCAGCGUGAGGUCUGGGAUGAAUUUGUUAAGAUGGGUGUUGCGGAUCCGGAAGAGUUCUAUCCUGGGAAACAAGUGCAGACAGAUGCGCAAAUUCGUGAACACCUCAGGCGAACUGUGGGUCCAGUAUUCCACGUAUCCGGGAGCUGCAAGAUGGGACGCAGGGAUGAUCCUAUGGCUGUGCUGGAUAGUACCGCUCGUGUAUAUGGCGUACGCAACCUGCGUGUAGUCGACGCCGGUAGCUUUCCUUUUCUGACGCCGGGACAUCCGCAGGCGACGGUCUAUGCUCUGGCAGAAAAGAUUGCGGACGACAUCCUGUCUGUGACAUAG